AUGGCAGCGACAAGACGUUCAUGCACACGCCUUUCGGCAUUGCUUCCUUCGACUUCUAAUGCUUUGUUCCGCACACAAUUGCCGCGGGUGACGGCGCGUGUUGCGUUGAGCACGCGUGCUGGUGUUGCUGGAUUGACUUUUACUCGUGGCUUCAUCAAUGAUGUCAAGCCUGGUAGCAAUGUCGAUGAGAUUGAGUUGAACGAGUCACUGGCGCCGACGAUUGACCGUUCAAGGUCAAAGGUGUUUAGCAGUGCCGAUGAGGCUGUUGCUGAUAUCAAGAGUGGAUCUACUAUCUUGAGUGCUGGAUUCGGUCUUUGUGGUACUGCUGAUACUAUUAUCAAGGCUAUGGCAAAGAGAGGAGUUGAAAAUCUGCACUCGCUGAAGGCUGUUUCCAACAACGCUGGUGCUGGUCCAUACGGUCUCGCUGAGCUGGUACAAAAUGGACAACUCACCUCUGUUAUUCUGUCUUUCCUGGGUACCAACAAGGCCAUCGAGAAGAAGUAUCUGACUGGUGAACUGGACGUCGAAUUGACACCACAGGGUACUAUUGCUGAGCGUAUUAGAGCCGGUGGCGCUGGUAUUCCUGCCUUCUACACACCUACUGGUGUUCACACAUGGAUCGAGACCGGUGAAAUUCCCAUCAGAAUGGGUCCUCCUAAGGAAGGUUCUAAGAUGCCCACUACUCUGCAAUCUGGCAACCGCCGCGAGACUCGCGAGUUCAAGGGCAAGAAGUACAACCUUGAGCACGCUAUUCAAGGUGAUGUGGCCAUUCUCCGUGCCUACAAGGUUGACGAGGCAGGUAACUGUGUCUUCCGCUACACCACUGGAAACUUCGGACCCAUGAUGGCAAAGGCAGCAAAAUGUAGUAUCGUGGAAGCCGAGCACAUUGUACCCAUCGGCGAGAUCAAGCCUGAUGAGGUCGAUCUGCCUGGUAUCUACAUUGACCGCAUCGUUCCCGCAACCGAGGAGAAGAAGCUCGAGGUCAAGAAACUGCGUGAGGUCGAAGGUGCCGACCAAGGCAACAAGAGUGAUGCUGAGCAGCGUCGUGAGAGAAUCGCUCGUCGUGCAGCAAAGGAGUUGAAGCAAGGCUACUACGUCAACCUGGGUGUUGGUAUGCCCACUCUCGCCCCUUCGUUCUUGGAUCCCGAGAUCAAGGUCUGGAUCCACUCGGAGAAUGGUCUGAUGGGUAUGGGACCCUACCCUACCGAGGAGGAAGUUGACGUCGACAUCAUCAACGCUGGCAAGGAGACUGUCACCAUUCUCCCUGGUGGCUCUACUUUCGACAGUGCCGAAUCAUUCGCUAUGAUUAGAGGUGGUCAUAUCGAUGUUUCUAUGCUCGGUGCUCUGCAGGUCAGCGCAAACGGUGACUUGGCAAACUACAUGAUUCCCGGCAAGGUGCUUAAGGGUAUGGGCGGUGCUAUGGAUCUGGUCUCCAACCCUGACCAGACCAAGAUUGUCGUUCUUACCGAUCACGUCGACAAGAACGGUGUCAGCAAGAUCCAGCAGGAGUGCAGUCUUCCCCUGACUGGUGCUCGCGUCGUGUCGACCAUUAUCACAGACUUGUGUGUCUUCCAGGUCGACCGCGUCAACGGGGGUCUCACUCUCACCGAAGUUGCACCCGGUGUGACUGUUGAGCAAGUGCAAGAAAAGACAGCUGCCAAGUUCAAGGUGGCUGACGACCUCCACGAGAUGGAGUAA